UUUCGACAUCGGGUAAUGUGCUUCUCGUCUUGAAGAGGAAUGCUGCUUCGGUGAAUGCUUCAAGGAAUGCCUUAGAGAAUGCUUCAACUCGCGGAUUCUACCGGACUUUUUCUGAAUUGGUUCGGGAGUUCCUGCUGACGUUUUCCCCGCACCAUGUGGCUUAACUCUAUCCUGCUCGGUUGUUUUGACUUUGAACACCUCGAAAAACAUGUCUUUACAUGUCUGAACUCCUUCGUUGACGUGCUAGUAUGGCUACCGAAACAUAUCGACGUGCUUUCACUGACAGUGACCUUCCCUACAUAAGCUAUGGGGUUCCCUUUCCUCAGACUUGCGCCUACCAUGUGGCCAACACUUUCAAAGCUACCAGGGUAUACAUAAUUGCCUCUAAAUCGCUUACAAAGAACACUGCCGCGCUCCGAAGCUUAGAGGAUGCGCUAGAACCACGAGUCGCUGGCCUCCGUGUUGGCAUGAAACCCCACACGUACUGGUCUGAGGUUUUAGAAAUUGCCGAUGAAUGCAGAGCCUGCAACGCUGAUUUGAUUAUAACACUGGGCGCGGGGAGCUUGACGGAUGCCGCAAAGAUAGUUUCAUUGGCCUUGGCGAACGACGCUUCGUCCUCUGAAGAUUUGAUGCGUCUACAGAGUGGGACGGACUGGUUCUCAUCACGACCAGAGAUAAAGAAAGCGACGGUUCCAGUUGUCUGUGUGCCGACUACCUUGUCCGGAGGGGAGUACCAGGCUUUGGCAGGCGGCACAAACGACGAGACGCAUGUGAAGCAUGGCUUCAAUCAUGGAACCAAUCCUCCCGCUCUAGUUGUCCUUGACGCCGCGCUCACCACCACCACGCCUGACAAGUUCUGGCUGAGUACUGGAGUUCGAGCCGUGGACCAUUGCGUGGAGACAAUAUGUUCCCUUGCAAAGGACAAAAAGGGCGGAGAGGAAGCCGCUGAACAGGGACUAAAGAAGCUCGUUCCUGGACUCCUGCGGUCCAAGGUGGACAAGAAUGACCUAGAAGCCCGACAUCAGUGCCAACUGGGCGUCAUCGACGCAAUGAGCGCCGUCAAGAGCGGAGUCGAACUCGGCGCAAGUCAUGGGAUAGGCCACCAACUCGGUCCAUUAGGUGUUGGACACGGCGAGACAAGCUGUAUCCUGCUUCCCGCGGUGUGCAAGUACAACGCUAGAGUCAACAGCACUCAGCAAGACCAGGUUCUCCAGAUUCUUUGGGGUCAGGAGCCCGUGGUGCAGAUUCUCAAGGCCAAGGGGUUAGGACCGCAUAAUGCUGAUUUGAGCGCGGUGCUUGACGUUCUUAUUCGCGAGCUGGGCAUGCCGCGGAGCUUGAAAGAGGUCGGCGUGGGUCAGGACAAGCUGGACAUGAUCGCGGUCAAUUCAUUGGAAGACAAAUGGUGCAGGACGAACCCGAUCCCUCUGACGGAUAAGAGCCAGGUCUUGGAUAUUCUCAAGGCAGUCGAGUGAAAUACAAUUGUGCGAUUUUAUCAGGCAUAAUUCAAUCUCGAAGGCUGACUCUAUGCUUCCUUAGCGAUGCAGACAUCUUUGCGUGAACUGACUCUGUGACGAGCAUCGUCACGGUGACUCUUGAGUCACUAUGCGCUGUAGGUCUUGCUAUCUGUAGAAUGGUGACUCUAGAAAUCAUUCUCCGCUCUUCGAAAGGACUUCAUUUUCCUGUCCUGAUACGCUAAUCAGGAUAGGCAGCUAAGCUAAGGCUUUGAGAAAUGAUGUCUUCAAUCAUUCUGUGCUAAGAGAGACGAACCACACAACUUUGACAGACCUUCAUGGAACGUUGACUUUUACCCCUGGCUAGAUAUCGAGACCAUCCAUUACCGUAGCUGCAAUGUGCGCGAAUAGCCAUAAAGAUCAUGUGCUCUCCGAACCUCUGUUCGCUCCUGUUUGAAGAGAGUGGGAUUGGGUAAACAAGAAUGCUUGUCAGGAGAACGACAUGCUUCUCUUUUUUUUUUCUCUUCGGAAUUCGGAUGCGAUGCC